AUGGAUGAUGCUGAUAUUGACGGACUACAGUAUCCUGUCAGUCAGCCUCAUGAUGCUAACGGUGACCCUCAACCUGAUGUACUUUGGGAUGUGCCAAAACCUCUUAAGGCAUAUCUCCAUGGGAUCCGUGGCUACGUCUACCACCGCGAAACUGUGCUCAAGGAUCCAGUCACUCUGACUAACUGUGUCCUCAUUGACCCUGAUGAUUUUGAUACAUACAGGGCCUCCAGCGCAUUCAUUGUGUUCCGCAGCCGCACCAUCCCACAGCCUCUUGUCUCCAAGCCAUCCAGACAAUCACCAGCUGAGGAAUUUGAUCGGGGCAUUAAACUAGAUGCCAUCCUCUAUCCAACUUUGUCUGGUGAUGAUAAGCAAUGGGAUAGCUACCGUCGUAAUCUAGAAGCUACUUGCCGCACUCACGGAUUGAAACAGGUCCUUGACCCCAAGUACCAGCCCACCAGCCUUGAUGAGCGAGACCUCUUCGACCGACACCAAUCCUUCCUGUAUCAGGUGUUUGUCCGGACCCUCCUCACCGACCAAGGCAAGAAGAUUGUUAGACAAUAUGAUAAGACUUACGAUGCCCAGUCCAUCUACCGGGAUCUAUGCAAGUUCUAUACUCAGUCUAUCAAGGCCACUUCGACCGCCAACACCAAACUGCAAUGGUUGACCACUGCUCAACUCACUGCAGACCAAUGGCCCGGUAGUCAUGUGUCCUUCAUUCUUCAUUGGCUCGAUACUCUUCGCCAGUACCACGAGGUAGCAAAACACCCAACCCCCGAGGAGCAGCUCAUCGUCAUGUUGUCCAAUGCUGUCAGACUUGUGCCAUACCUUCGCAACGUGUUCGACACUAGCGAACAAUUGGCCUUGCAGAACAACAACAGACCACUUACUUUUGACGAGUAUGCGUCACUCCUGGAGGCAGCAGCCCAAAACCAUGAUGAGGUCACCAAAGGAUCCAAGCCCAAGCCCAAUCCUAGGAAGGCAUAUGCUACUGAUGUUGUCACCACUGGUGAUCUUGAACCAGAUCCUUGCCCUCCCAUGUUUGACUUCAACAUUGACAUGGACCUUGGCGACUACUAUGCUUACCGCACGUCUUUGUCAUCUGCUUGCAAGACCUUUCUACCUAACGAACUGUGA